AUGCAGGCCAAGCUCGUCGACUUUCUCAACGCGCUCCAAGUGGCGCGGGAGGCCAAGGCGACGCGCGACGCCAUGGCUGCAGCGGCGAAGGACUACGUCAUGGACGACGAGUCGAUGGCGCCGCAGAGCUUUGCGGUGGCACUGCAGCAUAUUGACUGCAAGAUGUCGGCGUACGACGUGGUCGAGCACUGCAGGCGCGCCGGCGUCGCCGACAUUGAGCAAUGCAUCAUCACAACACCGUAUCCCGACUCGCCAUACAACACAACGGCGAUCGUGUCGGUCUCGUCCCGUGCAAGCCACAAGCAGCUACUUGGACUCAACAAGACACCAUGUCGGGGCCGCACCUUGAAGGCGCGCGACUACAAGACGCCUCGCUCCACGGACCGCGAGCUCUCUCAGCGCUUUGACGGCGUGAGCCUGCACGUUGUGCCGUCUCGGGACUGUUCCGACACGGUGCCGCCGCGCUUCAGUGCAAUGCAGGCCGUCACGUUGGUGUGCACAGUCCACCCCAAGGUCGCAUUCGCCGUCGAGUUCCUAGGCAAGUACCGCGUCGUGUUUACGUCCCUCGACGUUGCGGCGGUCAGCGUCGGCUCGGACGACCGCGGGUUCUGCGUCGUCUGGUUCGAGUUGCACCAGCCACCGCUCGUGUACGAAUCGGCGCCUUUGCGCCCCGUGGCCGCCACGUCGUUCCUUGAGAAGCUCCAGCGCGACAGAACGCGAUGGCCGUCGUCCGCAGCACCCAUCGUCGAGUGGGUGCGCUGCGUCGACCCGAGUCCGAGCAAGGCGCUGGGUGCGUACCGCAACUACCAAGUCACGCUGCGCGAGGUGUUUCGGGAUGACAUGCACGCGCUCCUCGGUCGUCUCGGCCUCGAGCGCGUCCUUCUCGUGGCUGGGAUGCAGCGACGCCUCCAGCCUGCGCUCGACGGGUAUACGCGGCCCGACUCGGACUGGAGCGGCGGCUACGACCACAUGUUUACAGGCCUCUCGUACGCCCGGCGGUACGCGCUGCAUGUGCUCGUGAGCCAGCACGCGAUCGUGUUUACCCAUGCCCGCCAAGUGCAGUCGCUUGUGACCAAGAUGCACGCGUCGACGAUCUCGGCCGAUGCGUUGUUGCGGCUCGUGCAGUGGAAGUCGCGCCGAUCACUGACGUGGCACAAGCUCCUCGACGCGCUCGAGCACCCGCCCGAGGCGCCUUUUGAAGCUCCGCCGGGCUACGUGCGCAUCCAGCGGGUGCGCGUCACGCCACUGCGCAUCCUCGUCGACGCGCCGGACGUCGACAUCUCGAACCGCGUCCUGCGCCUCUACCCGCACGCCAUCGAUCGUUUUGUGCGCGUCACGUUUCUCGACGAAGACUUUGCGUCCGUCCACCGUGUCAAGCAAUCGCCCAGCAUCCUGCGGCGCAUCGAGCAGAUCAUCUCGGACGGCUUUUACAUUGCCGGCGAGCACGUCGUCUUUCUCGGGUACUCGAACGCGCAGCUCCGGAGCCACGGCUGCUGGUUCUACCGCCCCCGACCUCCGAUUCCGACCGCCGGGAAGCGCGGCGCGCGCCUCGGCCAAGCCUUCUCGGGGACGACUCUCGCGCUGCGUGUGCCGUCGACGCAGUGCCGCGUUCUGGCCGAUGUGACACGCAACGGCUUUUGCUUCUCGGACGGCGUCGGCACGAUCUCGCCCGCGCUGGCGAAGCUCGUGGCCGAUGAGCUUCAAUGGCCGUACGUGCCGUCGGCCUUUCAGAUCCGGUACGGCGGCUACAAAGGCGUCGUGGCUCUGGACCCGACGCUCUUGGAAGCGUCGCUCGGGCUACGCCGCAGCAUGCGCAAGUUUGAGUCCGACUUGGACGACCUCGAGAUCUGCCGCCCGGCGUUUGCGUCGCCGUGCUACUUGAAUCGACAGCUCAUCAACGUGCUCGCGUCGCGCGGCGUGCCGGACGCCGUGUUUUUGCACCUGACCAAGAAGAUGCUGCAGGUCCUCGACACGUGCCUCGACUCGACCGAGAUGGCCAAGAGCUUUGUCUACUUCCACGACCCCACGAGCCUCGCAGCGACGCUUUUGGCCGCGGGCGCAACGCUGGAAGACCGCCAUCUCUUUGAGUGGGUCGAUGCGAUCCGUCGCCGCCUCUUGCUGGACGUGCAGCGCAAAGCCCGCAUCUACGUCGAGUGUGGCACGAUGCUCAUGGGCGUCUUGGACGAGUCGGGCACCUUGCCUCCCGACUGCGUUUUUUUCCAGACGCGCGGAAAGCGCCCGCCGCCGAAUGCGAUCAUCGCCGUCGGUCGGUGUCCGUGUCUGCACCCGGGCGACAUUCGCCGGCUCACGUACGUCGACGUGCCGGCGCUGCACCAUCUACACGACGUCGUUGUCUUCUCGUCGCACGGCGACCGCCCGACGCCCGACACGAUGGCGGGCGGCGACCUCGACGGCGACGUGUACUUUUGCAUCUGGGAUGCCCACCUCGUGCCACAUGACGAGGUUGCUCCCAUGACGCGGCCCGUCUCGACACCGCCGCCACGCGUCACGACGCCGUCCAUGGAGGUGGUCGGGGCCUUUUACCUCCAGUACCUGCGCCACGACAACCUUGGCACCGUGGCCAAUCUGCACAUGGUGCUCUGCGACAAGAGCGUCGACGGCGCCGCCGAUGCGCUUGCGAUCGAGAUGGCGCACGCCCACGCGAUUGCGGUCGACUAUGCGAAAACGGGCGUCGCGGCGCGCCUCCCGUCGCACCCGCCGCUGGAGACGUACCCGGACUUUCUCGAGAAAACCGACAAGCCGUCGUACAUGUCGACGUCGGUGCUCGGGCAGCUGUACCGGGACACGUCGGCCGUCCGCCUCCAGCCGCCGCCGUACCGCGAGCUUUGCAUGGACAGUCGCCUCCUCGCGCCGGGCUACGAGCGCUACCUCCACGAUGCCCACGCCGACUUUCUCGACUUUUCCGCCGCGUUCCACGACGUUGCGACGCGCUUUGAGGUCGGCUCCGAGAUGGAGCUUCUUGUCUCGGGCCACGCACGUCGGAAGCGGUCGGCCGACGUCGCCGAGCGCCUCACGACGGCAGUCCACUGCGUGCUCGAUGCGUUCGCCGAGACGUUUUGGGCCGACUUUGCCGACGACGUGCCCCGUGAUCAUGUGCAUGUGCUGCAAAAGGCCUCGGCCUGGUACCACUGCGCGUACACGUACCGCUGGCCGCACGGCGAGCCGCCGUACCUCAGCUUUGCGUGGAUCGCGAUCGAGCCCAUGUGCAUUCUGCUCCACCGACGCGCUGCCGCCUCGUCAAUCUUGUAA